UUUUUCUUUCUCCAUCUGCUUUCCUUUUGGGAUUUUUCAUUUUCCUUUUUCUUUUUUCUUUUUCUCUUCUUGACUUCUUGCGCUUGCCUCAUUUCUUGUUGGUUUAUGAGUCUACAGUCCAAGUGGGUUUUCGUUUUUAUUUGCUUUGUGUUGAAUGCAUGGUGGGUUUGAGUUCAUGUUGAUGUCGUUGCUGUGGUGGUGAAGAUGGGAAAAGGGAUAAUAAUGGGUAAAGCUGUUGCCGGUGAUGGAUUCUGACUCUUGUGGAUGUUGUGGGUAGGUGAAUGGUCUUUAUAGCUGAUGCUAUGGCAGUGUAGUACGCAUGUUGAGCUAUUCUCAAAGCAAGCUGAAAGGGUAUAUAUUGUUUGUUAUCUAGGAUCUGAGGGGGUUUGCAUCAAAGUGCAGGAUGCACUUGUAAAAUAGAUGGCUAUACGAAUCGGAAACUUGCCCAAAAGAAGUUUUGAUUCAAGUUCUGUUCAUUCUAUGCCCCAUUUCACUGUUAAUUGCCAAGCUUGGUGGAAUUCAAAUGAACAGCAGCUUCCAGAGUCUUUUUCAAAAAAUCUAAGCUUGAAAGUUGAAUCUCCGCCCCAACUCUAUCAAAACAUGAAGCAGUUAGGUCUUCAACUACAAGACCAGGACUCAUCCUCAAGUCAAUCAACUGGUCAGUCUCACCAAGAAGUGUCUGCUAUCGGAAGGACCAAUUCUCAAGAUCAAUGUAUUUCAUCUGAAUCUGUUCAUGGUGAAAGUUGCGAGAAGCGUGUGGAAGGUCAAAGUCAAAUGAAGCCAGUUUUCUUUAUGGCUAAUCCAGAUGUUGUCUUCAAUCCUUCACAAGUUGACUAUGGCCAUUCUGUGACUCAUGUUGCAUAUCCUUAUGCUGAUCCUUACCAUGGGGGGUUAGUGGCUGCAUAUGGUCCACAUGCUGUUAUUCAGCCCCAGCUGGUGGGGAUAGCACCUACCAGAGUCCCACUGCCCUUUGAUAUUGCAGAGGAUGGACCUAUUUUUGUCAAUGCAAAACAGUAUCAUGGAAUUCUCAGGAGGAGGCAGUCACGAGCAAAGAUGGAGGCCCAGAAUAAACUCGUCAAAGCCCGAAAGCCAUAUCUGCACGAGUCUCGGCAUCUUCAUGCCCUAAAUAGGGUUAGAGGAUCUGGUGGACGCUUCCUCAGCACGAAAAAGCUCCAAGAACCCGACUCAACUUCCAACACUGGCUGUCAUAGUGUAUCUGGCUCUGGUCAUUUUCACCAGAAGGGAGACACAACUGAGUAUGAAGUCCAUCAGUCUGAUACUGGCAAAUUUGUUGCUUCAACUACAUCCAGCUCUGAUGUCACCAGUGUCUCUAACAGUGAUGUCCUUUUCAGGCAGCCGGAGCACAGGUUCUCAGGCAUGUCUCCCCACAUGGGUGGAGCCAUGCAAGGCGGUGGCGGUGGGACUUAUGGGCAAUGGAGUCCUGCUCCUGGUUGUCCGGUGAGAAGUCGAUAGGAACAAGAUCGAUGGAGUCACUGGUCUGGGCAAUUCAUCCUUGGCUUUGUUACUUUCGUUUCAUGCUUGUUAAGAAGAUAAACACAUCAAACUUCAUGGUGUAGUAGAAAUACUCUGCUUUCCCAUUUCCAAGUGCAUACAUUCUGGCUCUGUAAACAUGGUUGAGAAGAGGCUAUGCUUGAAACUCUCUGUUUGUGAACCAUUGUUUUGUUUCUUCAAGACAAUGUGAGAUAAUGGUUCACCGGUAUUUUGUUUGUUGCUUACAGAAAGCAAACCCAGCCUUUUGUGCUAGUGUAGUGAUGUUGAUGCCA